UUUGGAAAAAAAUUUAAAAUAACUUGUUUUCGAUUUCGACCAAUGGAUAGUAAAAAAGAAAACGUAGCCAAGGAAUCCUUGCAGGAUUCAUUGAAAGGUCAUAAUUCGCUUCAAACGAAAUCCAGCGAAAUCAUUGAUGAUGAAAAUGUUUUUGUGAGUCAAGUGCAACGUGUAGAUCUGAACGAUGGGAUCGAUUUGCAAGACGAACUAGAAAAGAAAAAUAUUGAGAUUGAUGAUUUAAACAUUAAAUUGAUGGCUCUACAGGAGCAACUCAAUGAAAAGGUCCGUGAAAUUGUAGAGUUGAAAAACAGACUUAAGCAAGACGAAUUAAAAACGAAUGUCGAGGAGCUGAUUACCGGACCAGGUGAACCCAUUCUCCCGCAUGAGGGUCCUCUAGUGUUCCUGAACCACUCGAAGAUCCCUGACAUGCGAUACUUCCCAGUCGGAAACAUGCCGUUUUCGGCUAUUUUCGAGAAUAUUCCCUCCGAGGGUCCCGACUGGAUGCUAAUUCACCGCCGUUUCGACGGAAGUGUCGAUUUUGGUGCAACAACUAAAACUUGUGCUUUUGGAGACUUCAAUGGAGAGUUUUUUUUGAACGUGAAAUUUUAUUUCAAGUUACUAGUAGUUGCCGACACGAACUAUAUAUUGAACUGGUGGACUUCGAUAAUGUGAAAGCAUUCGCUAAAUAUGAUCACUUUGAAAUUGGACCACAGGAGGACUAUUACAACUUAAAAUCUCCGGGUGCUUAUUCUGGAAACGCCGGCGACGCUUUGCGAUUACAUUUAAAUUGCACUUAUGGGAAUGAAAAAAAAUAGAGGACGGAGUUAGCAAGAAAUACUAUUGGUGGGGCAGUGCCAAUUCAAUGUGCGAUUUAAAUGGACCGUAUUACAAAUUAAAAACUAAGCUGGAUGAUUUCUUGGGAAUUUUUUGGGGUGACUGGUACAUUAACGGAGUAUAUUCGUUGAAGUCCUGCAAAAUGCUAAUAAGACCGCAUGAUUGGAAAUCAAAAGAUAGCAUUUAAUAAAUAUUGGUAGAACACAUCAAAUGCGAAUUACCAAUUAAUUUAAAUUGGUGCGCAUUAUAAAAUAACAAUGCACAAUUGUUUACUGCCAUUGAAACAACAUGAAGAACAAAUUCUUAAAAAUUUUUAAUUGAUGAA